AUGCACCUGUAGUCAUACCACUAUGUGAAAUCAAUCAUAAGUAAAGCUUUGCCCCUUUUGGAAAAGCAAUUACAAGGCCCUGUGGAAAGCACGAUAUAAACAACAGAAAUAGUGUCUAAUAAAAAUGAUGAUAAAAUGUUGGAUCAGUAGAUCUUGUUCUUCUGAAACCUUCAUGAUCUAAGCAUUAAAUAUUGUUCGUUCCCAUUGUUCCCAUAAACUAUACAUUAAGAGUAAUGCAACAGUUAUUUACAACUCCAGUUCCAAAAAAGUUGAGACGCUGAGUAAAAUGUUAAUAAAAACAGAAUGCAACAAUUUGCAAAUCUCAUAAGACCAUAUUUUAUUUACAAUAGAUCAUAGAAUAUAUUUGAAAUGUUUAAAUUGAGGAAAUGUACCAUUUUAAGGAGAAAGUAAGUUAAUUAGGAAUUUAAUGGCUGCAACACUUCUCAAAAAAGUUGGCACAGGACCAUGUUUACCAUGUAGAAUCCCCUAUACGUCUGGAAACAACCUGUAUACAUCCGAGAACUGAGGAGACCAGUUAGUGGAAUUUUUUGCAUCAUUUGCAUCAUUUGCAUCCAUACCAUCAGAGAUGCAAGAUUUUGAACUGAGUGUUCAACAAGCUCUAUAAAGUUCCAGUCGAGAAGAUGCAGCAUCCAAAAAUAAUUUCAAUCCAUCUGACAAUUUUUCUAUUCAGCCUCAGUCCAUUUUAAACAGACUUUGGAAGUGUUUAUGGAUCAUGUUCACAAAUGGUUUAUUUGCAUGAUAGAACUUUAACCUGCAUUUGUGGAUGGAAGGUAAACUGUGUACACAAACAAUUAUUUCUAAAUAUUAUGUUGAGGACCAGUAUUCUGAAAAUGUCCCACAGUUUCAUCUGUUCCAAAAUACUUUUUCCAUUAUUUAUAUUAAAUACUCUUUUCAUACCCAAUCAUAUUAUCUACCUGUUGCCAAUUAAUCUAAUUAGUUGGAAAAUGUUCCUGUUUCUUUUCAGCAACAUUUACUUUUCCAGCCUUUUGUUGCCCCAUUCCAACAUUUUUUGGGACAUAUUUUUGCCAUCAAAUGUUUUUUUUUCUUUCCGAAAGGUUGUGAGUUAAAAUUCAACCACCAGCAAGCUGCCACUGCUGGGCCCUUGAGCAAGGCCCUUAACCCUUAACUCCUCAGUUAUAUAAAUGAGAUAAGUGUAAGUCACUCUGGAUAAGGGCAUCUGUCAGAUGCAGUAAAUGUGAUAUGAGCCUAUUUUUUCUUUAAAAUUGUAAAUUUCUUGACUUUAAACACGUGAUGUGUUUUCUAUGGUCUACUGUGAAUAAGAUAUGGGUUUAUAAGAUUUGCAAAUCAUUGCAUUCUCUUUUAAAUUCAUGUUACACUGCGUGAUUUUAGAUUUAAGAUUUAGCUUUUUAGUUUCUGUUCAGAGUUUUGAAAAAUGGCAUAAACUGAUGAAAAAAAUGCAGGUGGGAAACUGAUCCAUGCAUCACACAAUAGCACUGAAACCUGAGCAUCAGCUCUAAAACAUUUAUGGAAAUUCAGCACAGUUCAUUCAGUAGAGGGUCUUCAGCACUCCAAGAGUGGACAUGGAGGUUACAGAACGAGCACUAAAAUGUCCAAUCUGUGUGGAUGUUUUUACAAAACCCAUACGUCUUCCCUGUGGACACAACUUCUGUCGAUCCUGCAUCUUAAUCGUUUGGGACUUAGACGAUGACACAGAGGCAGGACCACGAUUCUGUCCUGAAUGCCAGAUCUUCCUUCCAUCUGAUCUGAAACUCAAUUUUAACACAAAAGUGGAGCAACAAGUACAGCCCACUAGCACUUAUGGACAUGUGGAAGAACAUACCGCAUCUGCAUCAAACAUCAUGUGUGAUCAGUGCAUUGAGAGAUCUUCAGUGGCUGUGAAAAACUGUCUGAACUGUGAUGCUUUGCUGUGUUCAGCUCAUACUCUCUGUCAUCAGAACAGGGAGCCACUGAGAGGACACACACUAAUUGAUCUGACCGAAGAUCUGCUUACUUAUAAGUGUCAGGAGCAUAAAGAGGAGAAGAGGCUGUUUUGCCAGGAUGACCAGACUGCUCUAUGCUCUCUCUGUGUGUUGUUCGGGACACAUAAGGGCCACAGGAUCAUACAGCUGAAAGAUGCAUGCUUGGAUUUCAAGAAAGCGCUGGAGGAAAGAGAUGCAGAGCUGCUGCAUAACAGACACCUGACUGAGUGUGCUUUAGAGGACCUGCAGCAUCUAGUUUCAGAGACAUCUUCAUCUGCUAAUGAAUGCAGAGUCAAGAUAGCAGAAACAUACACCCAAAUGAAAGCCUUGAUUGUAAAGGAUCAACAGCUGAUGAUUGAUAUUAUAGAAAUGGAAGAAGAUUACACUCAGAAGUGGUUGUUGUCUAAAAGAGAGUUUUUAGAGCAGCAAAUAAAAGACCUGAAUUCAUUAUUAAGUGAAAGCAAAGCUCUUCUGCAAGAAAAUGAUCAGCUAAAAUUCCUGAAGGUACUAUGACAAACUUUGUACUGAAUAUGCAUUUUAUAUGAAUAAUUUUAUUUUUUGUAUUAUUAUUUGAAGAUUGUGCAAAUAUUUUCCUUUUUCAGCAUUUUAAAAGGCACACAUUCAGGUGAGUAAAAUAUAUUGGCAAAACCUUAUUUUGUUAUAUAAAGUAAAAUCUUUGCAUAUUGUUAAAAAAAUCAUAAAUACAAAAACAAUUCUUUUUUUUUUUAAUUCAUGUAGCAGUGCAAAUUGUAAACCAACAGCACUGCCAUUAGUGAAUAUACACACAUGCAAGAUGGAAACAGUACAACAGUUGGUUAAAACCUUUUAUGAAACUGUGUUCCAAAUAACUAAGCGACUAUGGGCAAGUAUGUGCUUUUACAUAUUAAAAUACAUUCCUAACCUCUUUUAGGAUGAUAUAUGAGCAUACUAUGAUUUCUUUUUUCCAGAC